AUGGCCACGUUGGAAGCAAUGCCGUUGAUGGCAACUUUUGCCCAUGAGUUCUUCCCGUGCGUGACACUUGGCUGCACUUCAAAGCCCUUUCCAACAAAAGCCAACCUUAAGCGGCAUAUGAGAGCUGUGCACGGUCCACUAGUCAAAAUGCGUUGCGGAAAGCUUCUACGAGGUCAUUCUUGCAACAUCAGACGCCAUCAGCAAAGGUGCCACGCGUGUCUCCGAAAGCCUGUCGGUACUGGAAAAGUUCCAAGCAUGACUAAGCCCCGUCGGUCAGAGUGUCUUAGUCAGCAUGUACAACAAGUUAUCACAGCACGCGCAGUCGACGGGACCCCAGCCCAGAACGAGCUAUCGGGCUGUGUCACCCCUAAUGAAGUCUACCUACAUGCCCCUGAGAAUGAGACGCGAGACACUUCGUACGAUGAUGGCGUCAAUGCACCGCUGCAUGACCCGGUUUUGGACACGAUCUACGCCUACCCAUACGGAUUUCCUGGCGGUGAUUUCACAUGGACUGGUCCCAUUAGUACAUGGGACGAAGUAACAAACGUACGAAUGCGGAUAUGUCCCCUUCCACUGGUAACUGUUGUGGAGAACAAAACGCUCAUCGUUGAUGUCGUGCAGACAACCCCACAGGAUCCCGGCGCAAGAAGUAUCCACUCAGAUCCAUCAUCUUAG